AUGUUACGCCGGCAAGCUCGACUCCGGCGCGAGUAUCUGUAUCGGAAGAGUUUGGAGACCCGUCAGAAGGUGAUCCAAGACAAAAAGGAACGGUUGAAACACUGUCUGGAUGAAAACGUUCCAAUUCAUUAUGACCUGCGCGCAGAGGCGCUGCAUUUGCAGGAGAAACUUGAAUGGGACGAUGGGUCACCAGGGUUGUCGGCCAUUGGCGGUGGCGAGGAAGGCGGUGCGGGCACCUCUCACGAAGACGACGAGUACCGUUGGGCUGGAGUCGAGGACCCGAAAAUUAUGAUCACCACGUCGCAUGACCCGUCGGCCAGACUGAAAAAGUUCGUCAAGGAGCUCAGGCUGAUAUUCCCAAAUGCACAGCGUAUGAAUCGUGGUAACUAUGAGAUCAAGCAAUUGGUCCAGGCCUGCCGGGCGAACGAAGUGACUGAUUUCAUUGUCGUGCACGAGCACCGAGGUGUCCCGGACACAUUGAUCGUGUGUCAUAUGCCGUAUGGCCCGACGGCCUAUUUCAACUUGACAGACGUGGUCAUGAGGCACGACGUGCCUGACAUUGGUACGAUGUCUGAACAAUUUCCGCAUUUGAUUUUCCACAAUUUUGAAACCCAGCUCGGUAAGAGAACAAUGAACAUUUUGAAGUAUCUGUACCCGGUUCCUAAAGAAGACAGCAGGAGAGUAAUUUCUUUUGCCAACCAUGACGACUAUAUAUCAUUUAGACACCAUACAUACAAAACGGUGGAUGGCAACAAAAUUGAAAUGAGUGAAGUUGGUCCACGUUUUCAAUUGAAACUCUACCAAAUAAAAUUGGGAACCUUAGAAUCAGCUGACACGGCGGACACAGAAUGGAUGCUAAGACCUUUCAUGAACACUGCAUCCAAGAGACGAUUUCUAUCAUUAAAUGAUGGAUGGGCUCAAGAUGACACAAUUUUUUCUUAA